AGCAAAGCGCGAGCACAUUCCACGUCACUUGAAGUGGAUUUUAGCGCGAGCGAGAGCCAGGAUCCUGACAGGAGAAUGUAGCGCUUUGACGUGAAAGUCGCCGGAUGUGAUGCCACGAGCAUUUUGGCUUCACGCUCAAACUGACAGCGAAGGGAAUAUCAGCGGGUUGUAAACUGAGGUUUCAUCAAGGGUGUCUGAUCUGGUGCUCGAUCUUAAUGGGCGAAUCAGGGACACGCCGCUCCACCCUGGUCUCCAGGCUUCCCAUCUUUAGACGUAGUGUGCGAAAGAGGCAGGACUCGCUCCCCUCCUCACCCUCGUCCGGUGGUGUUGGCAAUGGCGUCCACACUUCCUCUCCCUCCAGCACGAAUUCCAGUUCCAGUAGCACGAGCAAACGGCGCAGCCUGUUCCACACACCGUCCCUCAGCUUCCACAAUAAGAGGAACAGCGACCCAACCCAGCUCAGCCUGGACAAUCGCAACCAGGGAUCUGAAGUCACCUUUCGAGAUGGUUCCAUCUCAAAGACGCGGCAUUCAUUCGGAUUUGGCAGACACAAGAAGAAGAUCACCCGAUCUCAGACGGAAAACCUUGAGAAAGUGUCCGCUAACCGCAGCGUGUUUAUUAAUUGCAUCAGCUCAGGGACCAAUGAGGGAGAUGAUUCAGGGUUCCUCGAUGAUGUGAGCAGCAAGAGGUCUUCCAAGCAUAAGAAGCAGCUGCUGCCCAAGUCCUUAUCAGCUCACCAACGUUUUUCCAAGAACUUGUCCAAUGUCCCAGACCAGGGUAAAGGUCAGGAAGGUGUGGAAGAUCCUCCUAAAACUGGUACCCCAGGUUCCUCGCCUGGAGAACUGGCUGAGAGUUCUCUACAGUCACCCAUGAUCUCAGAAGACCGCACCACGGCAAUAACACCAUCUGAUUUUGUUCAUGUCACUGAAGACUCUGUCUCAGAAGUUGACGCUUUGCCAGCCCCCAGUCCAGCUGCUCCACCUGAAAACUUCAGCCAAGCAGUUUCUCCGUCGCAGGUGCCCUUCUCCCCAGCCCAGGCCUGCACGGAAAAGCACUUACUGCCAGAUACCAGCCACACAGCCAACACACAGCGUGAGAGCACCACUGCCCAUACGGAACCAGUACUACUGCAGACAGUGAAAGAGCUGAACCCUAACACUAACCUUAAUGCUAAUGCUAACCCUGACCAGUCAGAGGCCAGUGAGAUUGAGCAAGCUCCAGAACUGAGUGAGGACAGCAGCUCCAACCCAGACGCCCGUGAAAGGCGGUCUAGGAACACUGUACUCAUCCAGCAGGCAGGAAGAUCAUCAGGCCUGAGCAAACUAGAGACCAGGCCAAGUCACCUGAGAAAGCCGCACACAGUGUCCAUGUGCAGCAGUGUGAGCCCGUACUAUGAGGUGAUGCGCAUGGAGAGACGUCUGCGGGAAGGAGCGUCCAGUGGGCUUGUGACAACCACAUUUUUGCAAUUGUUAUUGUCCACUGCUUCAUAA